ACAAUGAGUUGCGCUUGUGCCUGUUCUGUACAAUAAUUAAUGUCCCCUGGCCUGCAGUCAAAAGUUUUGUAAAUUUUCUAAUAAUACAUAUAAUGAACAUGGUUUUGUUGAUGGCUAUCCCUUUUCCUCUCCAACUCUAAUGUAGCACACCUGAUUCUAAUAAUUAGCUGGAUGAGAAGCUUAAUCAGGUUUGCCAUAAAUUGGGUUGAAGAGAAAACAUACAGGACAGUAUGGUGUAGAAUUUACUCUUAGUUAGCAUUUACAUUGGUACUACGGUUCCUUCUUAUUUCCAUCUUGAUAAGUGUAGCCGGCGGUGAUUUGAGGGUGUGCUAGACUUCGCGGGGAGGGGGGCUGACGCAAGUGAAAGUUGAAAGAUUCAUUCUUUUUAUUAAACGAUUCGAAGUGAUCCGAAUCCGUAAAGUGAGUCGAACUUCCUGUCACUAGUUGAAGAUAAGAUAUUGAACUGGUCCCGCAAAAUAGAAGACCUACCCUCGCGAUAAUUCUGAAGCUCGUUUCUAGUCACAGAAUAAUACAUAUAUAUAAUGACCUUGUGCAACGGCAAUAUUAAAUAACAACUCAGCCCUUGAGAGCUUUAAUAUUCUUUUUGCAUUUCUUCGGAUAACAGUCAGGACUUUAACAUGAAUGAGUGGAUUGGGUGUUUUAGGAGUGAUUAAUUUGGAUUAGUGCGGGUAGGGUUUUAAAUGGAUAUAGAUCGGAUAAGUUGCUUUGGUCUUUGGUCCACACUCCAGAACAGUGGGUGGCGGUAAUGUAUCAUUAACGUUGCUACCAACCGCCAAAAAUACCGAAGGAAAUGAAAGUAUUUGGGGGAAAAUGGCGUUGCUCGUAAGUGUUGGGGAGCUCCUAGAAUCAGAAGUAAUAGAAGAUCCAUUGUACAAAGAUGAAGGUCUUUGUGUACUUGGUAUAUUCGGUAAGACUGCAAUGCAACCCGGAUCCCCGAAAGAAUUUCUAAUCAACACGCUCGCGGACAAGCAUAUAUAUCCUCUAUUCGGGCUGAAUGAGACGGAUAAUCAAAAUAGUAGAAGCUUGAUUGAGGCGUACUACAGCCAAGAAAACCGAGUAUUGUAUCUGGUGCUAACUUCUGUUUGUGACAACAGACAGCUUUUGCAAGCAUGUGAGUCUUUGAGUAUGGGAAUCGGGCACUCCGAGGCGCACGAAUUCUGGAAAGGGGCAGAUAAACAGCAUUGUUUAGCCUUGCUCUAUCUCUUCUCGUUAUGCCAUGUUUUGUUACUGGUCCAUCCUACAUGCUGUUUUGAUGUCACCUAUGACAGAUUGUUUCGUGCACUGGAUGCACUUCGCCAGAAAGUCCUUCCCUUGCUACGUGCUGUCAUCAAGGAUUCCAACAUAUCCAAAGAAUGGAAGGUGAACUGCCGCCCUUGUCCUCCGCGCUUGCUAUUUGUAUUCCAGAUGAAUGGAGCCCUGAGAUGUAGUGGUGGAAAUGGUUCAGAUGUUUCUGGGGGAAAUGCUGAUAAGCCAAAGAAACACUCUCCACGAAGACGACUCCAGCAUGCAUUGGAGGACCAGAUAUAUCGCAUUUUCCGAAAAAGUCGGGUCCUCACCAACCAGAGCAGUAAUUGCUUGUUCACUGUGCCUGCUAACCAAGCUUUCGUAUAUGUGGUUCCUGGGCCUGGGGAGGACCCAGUUGGAGCCGUGCUGGGGCAGCUGCGCUCCAACUGUGCCCUGAGGGAAAAUGACACCAACACCUUAGUGUCUGGACCCAGGCGCUACCAACAAAUGCGUCAUUCUGCCAGACAACCGUCAUUCAAUGUAGAAAGCAGCAGCCUCUCAGGGGGCCAACUGGUUGACUGUAGUCUGAAGGAGUUCUUAUGGCAGCAUGUCGAACUGGUUUUGACCAAGAAGGGCUUUGACGACAGUGUUGGUCGCAAUCCGCAGCCUUCACAUUUUGAACUGCCAACUUAUUCCAAGUGGGCCCAGGUGGCCUACAGGCUGCAUCAGGUCAUGAUAGCCAACACGGAGGAGGAAACUGCCGAACUGGCUGUCAAAGUGCAGAGUCAGCUGAAAGUGCUAGAAGGCUUCUUGGACGCGGAUGCAAAGUUCUCUGAGAACCGCUGCCAGAAAGCCCUGCCCCUGGCACAUAGCGCAUACCAGUCUAACCUUCCCCAUAACUAUACCACCACAGUGCACAAAAACCAGUUGACACAGGCGCUUCGGGUCUACAGCCAGCAUGCGCGCGGAGUAGCUUUCCAGCGCUAUGCCUUGCAGCUGCAUGAGGACUGCUACAAGUUCUGGAGUAAUGGGCAUCAGCUGUGUGAAGAGCGCAGUCUGACAGACCAACACUGUGUUCAUAAGUUUCACCUGCUGCCCCAGCCAGGUGAGAAGCCGGAGAUGGAUCGGAACCCACCCAUCCUCAACCACAACAGCAGGGGGCGCUCCACCAGCUCAUGUAACUGUGGUCGAAAGCAAGCCCCGCGUGAGGACCCCUUUGACAUCCAAGCUGCAAACUAUGACUUUUACCAAAUGCUUGAGGAGAAGUGCUGUGAGAAGCUCGAGAGGAUCGUCUUUCCUGUUUUUCAGCCAAGCACCCCAGACCCAGCCCCUGCCUGCGAAGAAGCAUCCAGGCUUCCUGAGGCAGCACUCCCAGUUCCAACGUCAGGGUCAGAGCUAGGGUCAGGGCCAUCAGAAGGGGAACAACUGAAGGAAAGCAUCCCAGUGUCCAACCCAGUGUCCCACACCCCUGGGGAGAGUACCAGCCUCAGCCUGGCCCUCAGCUUGGGGCAGUCCACUGACAGCCUGGGGCCUUAUGGAGACGGAGGGGGUGGUGAGGGCCAGGAGAAGAGGCCUAGCUUGGUGGACCGUCAGGCCUCUACCGUGGAGUACCUCCCAGGUAUGCUCCACUCUGGCUGUCCCAAAGGCCUGCUUCCUAAAUUCUCCAGCUGGUCGCUGGUUAAGCUGGGCCCAGCGAAGGCGUAUAAUCCCCACACAGGCCUGGAACAGCCUGGCUUCCUGUCUGGCUCCUCCUUCCUCCUGCCCUGGGACGUGGUAAUUCGCUCCCGCUCCGAAGAGGAAGUAGGCUUAACUGAGCCCCUGGAUGGGGGAGCGUCCUCCUGGCCGGCUCCCAAUAAAUCCCUAGCGGGGAAACGAGGAAGUGCUGGAGGCCUUGGCCGUGGACGCAGGCGAGAUGAUGUGGCCCGGGCUUUCGUGGGCUUUGAAUACGAGGAUAGUAGGGGCCGGCGUUUUCUCAGUUCAGGACCUGAUAAAGUGGUGAAAGUGCUGGGGCCUGGAGGGGCCAAAGAGCCCGCCACCAGGGCCCUGAACACAGACAUGCCCCUAUACAUCCCCUCUCCGGCCCAGGGCCGUGGCCUGAAGCCCCACUACGCCCAGCUUGCACGUCUCUUCAUUGUUGUACCCGAUGCUCCCUUGGAGAUAACACUCAACCCACAGGUCCAACCGGGCCCCCCUCCCUGUCCCGUGUUCCACCCUGAGCAGACGGAGGUGGUACUGCCUCCCGAUGGCCUGUGGGUCCUACGUCUCCCCUACUCAUACGUCACAGACCGUGGUCCGUGCUACCCACCUAAAGAGAACCAGCCCUUGGCCAGCUACAAAGUGCUCCGUGGCAUCCUGCGUGCCAACACUGCCAGCCCUCUUCCACCACAGUAAACCGUACUCCAACUGCAUUGUGGCUCAUACACUUUUUUUUUUUGUUUUUGUACAGUUAAUUAAAUCUCAUUAGUGUUUUUUUUUCUUCCCUAAUAGACUAUGUUGAGUUAACAGGAA